AUGAUGCGAACUCGAAUCCCGGGGUUGGUACCUCGAAUCUGCCAGACCCCUUUAUCCUGGAAACCUCCUGCUACACAACUGACUCGAGCCCGCUAUGCAAGAUUGAGUUCUUCUCAUGCAGUGUCAUGGCUCGAGACAGGACACAUUGAUCUGAAAAAGGAUGAGGGACUCCUUUUUGUCAAUAAUAUCUUUCCGUCCAAACUGCAGUGGCUGCUGGGGGGUCCGCUGGGUGGUUUGCGGUCCUACGAGGAGGCAGUGAGGCGCAUCGACAGACCGCAUUUGGCGGCAUCGGAUACUUUUAAGAUCAUCCAACGAGUAGUUCCAGAGAACCUCAAUAUCCAAGUUAAAGAGGUCGUUCCGCGGUUCAGGGAAGGCGGCGCGUUUGUCAAGUACACUCGUCCAAGCAAUGUCAACGACGCGGACAUUGAAGCCUCUAUUAAAGAGAAUCUGAAAGAGCAUCCCAUCAGGCCAUGGUUCAAUCCUUUUGAAGAAGUCCAAGUAUGUCGCGUCAUUGGAAGGCCCUGGAUAGAAGAUCUCUAUCGCAUUCCAAGCCCCCGCCUCAAGGUUGCGUUCCACCCUGUGUCUCCCGAAGCAUCAGCGGCAGAUCUGAGCACAGAGACUCUAUACACUCUAUUUCGCCCCUAUGGGAAGAUCAGAGACAUAGAGAAACAACCGUCUGACUCGAAGGUCACGCCCAGAUAUGCCUUCGUGGAAUUUUCUCGGCCCAAGUACGCUGGCAUGGCGAAGAACUGUAUGCACGGAUUCACUGUCCCAGAACAAGAGGGUGGCGGCAAAUCGGGUACUCGGCUGAAGAUCAAGUACGAACGGAAGAUAAAGCUAUCUAUGAUCAAGGACUGGCUUUUGAGUCAUCCCAGAAUCGUGAUCCCUGUGCUCGCCGCCCUUUUGGCCACCAUCACCGUCAUCAUCUUCGAUCCAAUGCGGACAUUUUUCAUCAAACUGAAAAUAAAGUCUACACUUCAGACCGAAGAGAAUGGCGUGAUGCAAUGGAUCCGCAAACAGGCCAACAAAGCAAACAUCAUUUAUUUUGGUGGUAAAGGGGCCGAUCCUCGCGGGCUCACGGCCAUAUGGGAGGACCGUCAGGACGACAUUACUCGACUGCAAUCCUGGCUCAUGGAGAAUGUGGAGACUUUCAUCGUGGUUCAUGGACCCCGUGGCUCGGGCAAGCGGGAGCUUGUAUUGGACCGGGCGCUGGUCAACUACAAAUAUAAGAUAGUCAUCGACUGUAAACAAAUCCAGGACGCACGGGGUGACAGUGCGAAAAUCGCGAGGGCAGCCAGUCAGGUAGGCUACCGACCGGUUUUCUCAUGGAUGAACAGCAUCAGCAGUUUUAUCGAUCUCGCGGCACAGGGAAUGAUUGGGACCAAAGCAGGGUUCUCGGAGACGCUGGACGCCCAGCUGAGCAACAUCUGGCAAAACACGGCUACUGCUCUGAAGAAAGUGACCUUAGAGCACAGGAAGAAAGAUGACAAGGAGUCGCACUUGACCGAUGAAGAGUAUCUUGAGGCUCAUCCCGAGCUUCGCCCCGUGGUGAUAAUCGACAACUACCUGCACAAUGCUUCCGAGGGCAGCGUCGUGUACGACAAGAUCACCGAGUGGGCCGCUGGCCUAACGGCCGGAAACAUUGCCCAUGUCAUAUUCCUCACGACCGAUGUCUCGUACGCCAAACCUUUGAGCAAAGCGUUGCCUAAUUCGGUUUUCCGCACAAUCACCCUGGGUGACUGUUCUCUGGAGGUCGGCAGGAAGUUUGUUAUGAAUCACUUGGAAUAUGAGUCAAAGGAUGGGAAGACUCAGCCACGGCGUGCUGAAGAGCUGGAGGACCUAGACGCUUGCAUUGAGACCUUGGGAGGCAGGGUGACAGAUCUUGAAUUCAUGGCACACCGUAUUGAGGCAGGAGAGACACCACGAGGCGCGGUCAAUCGCAUUAUCGAACAGUCGGCAUCUGAAAUUCUCAAGAUGUUCCUUUUGACGCCGGAAACUAUAGAGCAGUCGUGGACCCACGAACAGGCUUGGUAUCUGAUCAAAAAGCUUGCAGAGUCCAAAGAUGGUGCUCUGUCUUACAAUGAAGUUGUUCUCUCCGAGCUCUUCAAAGACAAUGGCGAGAUCACCCUUCGCGCUCUCGAGCACGCCGAACUCAUUUCAAUCGCCGCCGUCAACGGCUGCCCCCAGACAAUCCGGCCUGGAAAGCCCGUUCUUCGCGCAGCGUUCAAGAAGGUCACCGAGAACAAAUCGUUGAGCAGUCGCAUGGAGCUCGCAAUCAUAGCACAGAAGAUCAACAAAGAGAAUAAGAGCAUCGGAAAAUACGAGGAAGAACUCAGCCUGCUGGGCUCUCUGCCUAAGCAGCCGCGGGAACUGACAGGCAGAAUCCAAUGGUUGCUCAACAAAGUAUACAGUUCGCAAAACAAGAUUGCGAAAUAUGAGAAGGAAAGUGCAUUUCUACAGAAGAUUCUUCGGAGCGAACAUUGA